AUGACACUCUUUCUGCUGGUGAUUUUCUCUUUCCUUCACAACUUUUUUGCUCUCUCAUUCUUUGCAUUAUUUCCUAAGUUUUGUUUCUUUUUCUCUUUAUAUUUUUUUCUUUUCUUUUCAUUUUCUUCUUUCAUUUGCUUUCUUUUACUUUUUGUUAUUUUUCUUCUUUUUCAGAUUCUAUCACAUUUUGUUUCUUUUUUGUUAUUAUUUUCUUUGUUUUCUCUUUUCAUUUUUUUUUGUAUUUCUCCUUUUUCUUUUGUUGCUCUUUCUUUUCCUUCAUUCUUAUUUAUUUUGUCAUCUACCUUUGAAUUCUUCCUUUUCUCCAUGCUUCUUGUUCUUAUUAAUUCAGUUUAUUUUCCUCCCUUCUCUCAUUUCACUUUUCCUCUCCUUUUAUUCUUUAAUUUCACCUGUUUCUCUCUUUUUCUCAACUAUCAAUCACUCGACCAGUGUUUAAUCCUCUCUUUCUCCUUUGCUUUUUCUUUUUUUACUUUCAUGGACACUUUCUUUUUUUUUCUCUCCUUUUCUUUUCUGUUACUUUUUCCUCUCUCUUUUUACUAUUUUUGUAAUUUAUCAUUCCUACUUGGUUAUUUCUUCUCUUUUUCAUUUUAUUGA